GAAAAUAACUAAUAAAAUAUCAAUAAUAAAUAAAGUGUUUUAUUAAAAGGACUUGAAGUUUUUAAAGAAUUAUUAAAAUUAAAAGAAAUAAAAGACUUUGAAAGAAAUUUCUAAUUUUUUUUUAGAGUAGAGUUUUGUGUGCUGGGCUGGCGUGUCUUAAUGAAAAUUUAUACAUUUCUUAAUAUUAGACGGCAGUAUCAAAGAAAAAUAUAAAAAAAUUUACUAUACAACAUGUCGCAGACUGUGUUCCUUUAUAUCUGCCGCACAGUCUUUAUCUUAAGCCGGUGGCCAAGAUGAAAAUUUCUGUGGCCUUGCCCUCCUAUAAAACGGGCAAAUCCAUUUCCAAUUUAGAUAUUAUGGAGAAAUUAAGUCAAGCUAUGAAACCCGACAAGUUUCUAGUGCUCAAGGUAUCGAAAAGUACUUUGGAUUUUAUACGUUUCGAUGCAGAACUAGAUGAUCGUGCACGUUUAAAUUCCGCCCUCAAUCGUUUGGAUGGUUGUACUUUGAAAAUAUCCGGUUUUCAUGAGGGUUUUCGUGUACGAGCCACUGAAACAAAAGAUGAAUUUCCCACACGUCACGAUUGGGAUUCAUUCUUUAGAGAUGCUCAUAAUAUGGAUGAAAUGAAGGCAGGCGAAAGACCUGAUACUAUACAUUUAACCCAUUUACCCAUUAAAUGGUUUUGUCCUCGUCACAUGGAGAAUGAGGAUAAUGUCAAGCCUUCGGAAAGUAUAUUCAAACGUAUUUUUGAGAAAUUUGGCAGUGUACGUUGUGUGGAUAUACCUAUUUGUGAUCCGUAUCGUAAUAAAAUGAAUGCCGAUAUAAAUGGCAUGAAAACUUUUAGUUUCGAACAGGAUGUUUUAUUUGAAGCUUAUGUGCAAUUCGAUGAAUAUGUGGGCUUUGUACGGGCCAUGGAUGAAUUUCGUGGCAUGAAACUGGUGCGCAAAUUUGUCGAUAAAACUCAAGCUAUAAAUAUAACCGUGAACUUUGACACCACUAAGCAUUUGAGUGAUGCUCAAACUAUGCGCCGUGAAAGGGUACGUAAACGUUUAAUAGCCAAAGCCAAGGCUGAGGAGGAAGAGAUUGAAAAGCAAAAGAAAUUGGAACUGGAAAAAUUGGAACGUCAAAGGCAACAAGAAGAACAAGCCAAACUGGAAGAAUUGGAAAAACAACGUGAACGCGAAGAGAAACGCAAAGAAAAACAUCUUAAGAAGAUACAAGAAAAAGGACAAAUUGAAAUAUCGCAAAAGAUAAGAGUGGAAGAAAGAAAACUCAUGAUAGCCCAAAGGAAACUGGAAAGUAUAAGAAUUUUAGAGAAACUCUUUGAGAGAAUGAAGCUAAAACAAAUUGCCAAACAGCAUGGCUCCACAUCAUCACGCAAAUAUCAACUGGAUAUGCAGCGUGAUAGUAUGCGUGAACGUUUAGUGGAAAAGUAUAAAAUUGCCACUGAAAAACUUUUAUCAGAUCAAAGGAAAAAAGUUGAUGAAAUUAAGAAUAAAACUCCUCUAAUGGGUUUGUUAAAAAGUAAAAAAUCUAAACGUGGUUCAGAUUCAGAAGAUGAAAAUACUAAAAAUCCUUUAGCUGUUACUUCAGCAACAGAUGCAGCAGCUCCUAAUACCGCUGCAGAGGGUAUGAAUCCUUUAAAUCCCUUUAAAACUAUGGCUGCUAUGGGUGCAGCUGCUAAUUAUAAUCCAGAAGCUGCUAGUGAAUGGAUGAAAUCUUUAUCAAUGUUUCCCUAUGCACCACCCAUGUUUCCCGGCAUGGGCAUGUAUCAUCCGCCAACAUUUCCGGUUUCGGUUAAUUAUCGUGGCUUUGCACCACGUAUUCGUGGUCGUGGUAGAGGCCGGGGACGUGGUCGCGGUGCUUAUGAUGGUCAAACAUCUUCGUAUUCACAUUAUAAUCAUAAAUAUUAUAAUAAUCAUGAUGAUCGUGAUAAUCGUUAUGAUGAUGAUGAGGGUGGUAGUGGUAGUUAUCAUAAAUAUUCGAGAGGAAGACAUUAUUCGCGUUCUCGUUCCCGAGAUCGCCGAUCACGAUCUCGCUCCCGUUCAAGAUCACGUUCUAGAACUCGCAGUCGUUCUCGUCGCUCUCGUUCACAUGGACGAUCUCGUCACUACUCUAAACGCUCAAGAUCACGAUCACGUAGUCGUUCACGUUCUUACUCACGAUCAGAGUCCAGAUCUCGUUCACGUUCUCGUGUCAAGUCGAGAGAUGAUAAAAAUCGUAAAUCAUCAAGAUCCAAAUCACCAGGAGGACAACAGCCGAAAGUAAAUAAAAAACUCGUAUCAACCAGACGUUCACGUUCAUCUUCGGAUUGGUCGAGAUCACGAUCGCGUUCACGUUCCCAUUCCAAACGUUCGUGGUCUAAACGUGGUGGUGACAGUCGUGAAAGACGUUCUUCGCCACCACGUAAAGUGGUAAUCGAAACCGAUGAACUAGUGCGUUCAGCCGAAGAGAUUAAACGUACCAUUGAGAAGGGCAUGCAAGAUCGUAUGCGUGUAGAAGAGCGUGAAAUUAAAGAAACUUUCAAUAAAAGUCACAAACAAGUUUUGGCUCACAAUGCUGCUGUAGCGGAUAAUCUUUUAGCUGCCGGUAUAGAUAGUGGUUUGGGUACAGCUGAACAUUCGGCAGCAGAAUCAUCGAUAAACAACUCCGCCCCUGAAAAAGAAGACAACAACCGAUCCUCUAAACAUCAUAAAAUCACCGAUAAUGAACAUAACAAAUACGUAGAUGAUGACGAUGAUGAAGAUGCUGAGUUACAAAAACGUAAAAAGAAAUCACGUUUCGAUAGACGUAAUUCAUCGGCCGAACGACGACACAGUGAAUCAAGAGAUAAUUCUUUAGAACGUCAUAAAUCUAGACGUGAUAGUUCAUCGGAACGUUCUCAAACAAGAGAACGACGUAAAUCAUUGGAACGACAAGAUACUCCCUCCAGACGUACCUCAACGAGACGCAAUUCAUCUGAUAGAGAAGAUUCUAAUUGUUAAGCUGCUCUCUCAAUACAUAUUUUAAGUUUUUUUAUUUUUACUAAUAAUUUUUUCAUUUCAUUUCGUGUUUUUUUUUAAUAUUUUGUAUUUCGAUGUGUGCAUAUAUUUAGUAAAGAAAAAAUAGAAAAAUGCAGAGACACAAUAACAGUUAUUUUUUUAGUUUUCUUGUACAAUUUUUUUUUUAAGUUGUGUUUCAUUUUUGUCUUUGAUGAAUUGAGAAUUUAAAAUGAAAAAUGUAUUUAAAUAAAAACUAGAGUAAAUUUAAA